AUGCUUAUUACAGCAAGACACAGAGCAGCAUACCAUGUGAUGACAGAUUUGGUUAUUAUAUGCAACGACCUUUAUGAAAGUCACACAGGGAUAAUAUUAUUCACGGCUUUUGAACUGGCAACAAAGUUUGUAAAACUGAUGUCAAAGUUUCCAGAGGAUUCUAAACUGAAUAUUUAUACACUUAUAUCUAGAUUGUUGUUGAUUUGUGCUAGAUGCCAUUAUAUAGUGAAAGAAUUUAUAAAAGCUCAGGAAGUCCUGUGUCUAUUAUGCAAGAAUCCAAGACAACUUACCAAUAUUGAUGUACUAGAGCUAUGGGCCUUUUGUUUAAUGCAUACUGAAAAGUAUGCUCUGGCAAAACAAAAAGUAAAGCUGGCCGUGAAAGUUGCAAGAACUGAAGAACAAAAAUCCAGAUUUCAAAAGUUAGAAGAUCAUUUAGAACAGAAAAUUCAGCAGAGAAAUAAAGACAACAAACAUGAUGAAAAUGGGGAUUCUGGAAAUAAAUUGACAGAAAGUUCAGGUUACAGCUAUGGUGGACUAAUAGAUUUAGUGGAAUCUGCAAACAUUGAUUUUGAAGCUGAAGUUGUUGAUGAUAUGGGGAAGGAAUGGUCAGAUACCCAAAGUAUUGCCGAUUCUGAAUAUUCAGUAUUUACUGAUCAUAGUAAUGCAAGUUCUUUUGAUGACACAGCAUCAUCAUGUUCAACUAGAAGUGGAAAGAAUAAAGUAAGAAGAAAAACAAAGACGGUAAGAAGAAAUAAAGCGAACUCAACAGAUGGUAGUUGUUCGUCACAGAAAUCUGGUACUCUGCCAUUACCAAGUUUCGCAGUAAACCAGUCUUCAAAAUUUGAUAUGAUUCAAAAAUGGAGAAACGAUAGCCGUCAAGCUUUUAAAGGUCAACGGAUUCAAAAGGGCCAGAAUAGAAGCAGAAAAGACUCAAAUGAGGAAAGGAGAUUUUCAGAGGAAGAAAAUAGUAGUGAAAAUAUGUCUGAUGUAUCAUCAAUGUCCAUCUGUACAACUAAAUCAAUGGCUGGAUUGUCUGCAGAUGAAUUUAGUGGAUCCGAAUAUGAUGUUUCUGAUUCUGGUAGUGAUUGGUGUGGUUCAGCCUCCGAUUUUGAGAAAGAAGAUGACAACAUUGAAGAAAAGUCCCCAGAAGAACCAACUUAUUUUCAAAGAAGCCUAAGUUAUCAUUCUGGACAGUUCAGGGCCAGAAAUAUUCUUGAAAAAGAAUAUUUUCAGAAAGGUUUGGAUUUGAAUGAAGAAUGUAUUGAAUCUGUCGCAUCUCAUUAUUUCAAAGGAAAGAAAAUACGGUACAGAGAUAUUGAUAAUAAAAAUUUUGAUGAUCAAUGUCGAAUGUUACCAAAGAUAUAUAAAAGAUGCACUAUUAGUAUUGAAUCAGCUCACCAAGCUGUUUGUAUACCAGUAGAACCCACAGAUGAAAUUCAGGAAAUACAAAUCAUUGGACGAUCAAAAUGUGGUCAAACCUUUACAGAUGAUACAGUAGUAGUUCAGAUUCACUCAAAACAAAUUGGCGGCAAGGUUCACGGAGAAGUGGUUUCUUUUAUUCAACGACAUCGUUACAAGGAUAUUGCCCAUCCUGUAUUUGUAUGUCUUUUAGAUCUGAAGGAAGGACAUUUGAUGAAGCCACUCUGUCGCACUGUUCCAAAAUUACAUAUUUUACAAGACAAUGUCAAGAGAAAAUUUAAGCAUCUUCUUAAAUCAAGAGUUGAGAUCUAUAAAUAUGAUGCCACCAAAGGAACUAUCAGUUUUUGGCGCUAUCAUGAUGUCCAAAAAGGAGAGAGAGAACAGUGGCUGUUUAUUGUAGCCUUAAUAAAAUGGAAACCAAAUAAAAUAUAUCCCUUGGCAGCAGUUAUUGAUGUCAUUCAUUGCACACAAAAUCCAUAUGAUGGAAUCAGAAUAAUGUCAAAGGAAUACCAAGUGCCAUAUUUCUAUGAAAAAUCCACUGUUGAAGGCAUUAAGGCAGCAUUCAAUGAUGCAAAGGUGUUUAACACUAAAGAUUACCGUGACAGAACUAGCGAUCUUAGGGUCUUUACCAUAGAUCCCCCAGGGUCCAAAGACUUAGAUGAUGCUCUGUCUAUCACACUACAGGAAGAUGGUUCUUAUGAAGUUGGAGUACAUAUAACAGAUGUGUCGACUAUUGUCAAGAAAAAUGACCCAGUAGAUAGAGAAGCACAGACAAGAUGUGUUACGUUUUACCCCGGUAAAGGAUUCCGUCCGUUUGCUAUGCUUCCUGAACCAUUGAGUGAGAGUAUCUGCAGUUUACUACCAAAUCAAAAAAAGCCUGUUAUAUCAGUUUAUUUUAAGUUUGAUCAGAAAGGAAAUGUUUCAAAAUCAACUCCAACCAUUCAAAAAUCUAUUAUUAAAUCUUGCAAACAGUUUACAUAUCAAGAAGUCCAGAAUAUUUUAGAUGACAAGUUAGAAGAACAACCAAUUAACCUUUACCAGGAAGUAAAAAUGUUAUAUAAACUCUCCCAGAGUUUGAAAGAAGACAGAUUAGGUCAUGCCUCAUUUGCAUGGCCAGUAGAAAUAGAUGUUUCAGAAGAUGAAAAUCCCAUGGACACAUAUCAGGCUCAUUCAUUGGUUGAAGAAUUUAUGAUACUGACAAACAGUAGUAUUGCCCAACUUCUGAGAAGACAGUAUCCAGGAAGUGUUCCUCUCCUUUGUCAACAACCACCUGCAAUCGAAGUGUUUGACAAUUGGUACAAUGUAAACAAACAUUACAUACAUCACAUUCUUGGUCUCCAAUCAAGGGAGACACCAAGAGGGACUAUUUCUGUCUCCGGUUCUCCUCCAGAAGGGAGAACUAGGAAACUAACACCCGUCCAGACUUGGGUUUUGGAGGAGAUCAAAGAUUUAGUGCCAGAAACUGAGCAAAAUAUAUCAAGAAUCAAACAACUUAUCCAGUCUGAUUUUCUGCAUCCUAAACAAGCUUUAGCAUACCAUGAAUGGAACUUGUUUCAAGAGUCAUCAAAAUAUGUCUGUUCUACAGAGAUAUUGGCAAAUCAAGACAAAGGUAUUCAUUUCUCCCUAGAGAAAAAAUCUUAUGUACAUUUUACUUCUCCACUGCGUAGGUACAGUGACCUCAUUGUACAUAGACUUGUGUCUGCAAUGCUGAAGAAGCAUGUAUCUCCUUAUGAACCACAAGAAAUAUCAGAUUUGUGUUCGACUAUAAAUGAUGCUACAAAGAGGGCUAACCAGUUUAAGAAAAGUUGUAAGCAGUUCAUUUUUGGCAGAUUUUUCAAGAAAAAUCCAGUUUUAUUUAAUGGUUUUGUGAAAGAAAUAUCAGAUAACGGAAUCAAAGUUGUUAUACCAGGUUUACAGAAACUGCCAAUCUCCCGGAAAGAAAUCCAGUUCAAACUAUUAGAUGUCGCUUGCAAGCCAGAGCAAAAAGGGGAUGUUGAUAUGCAAAGUAUGACAGAAUAUGAGAAAGACAUGAAAAUGGUUGUAGUGAAAUGGGAGAAAAGAUUAUACAGUUACAUACAUAGGUCAUGCAGAAAACCUAAAACAAGUCGAUUUGAGUCGGAAAAGAAGUAUUUCUCACCUUAUCUUAGAAUAUAUCCACACCAAAAUACAACUUUUAUAAGGUACAAAGAUCAUUGGAGCACAAUCUUGAAGUGUAUUUUGAAUGAAAAGAUUGAUGAUUUGAGAGAGAUGCUAUACAGGUUUAAAGAUGAUGAACAAACAAAACUUAACAUUUCACAUGACAGAGAGAAUAUCAGUUCAUUCAAACGAAGUGUUACUGAUGUAAGCUCAGAAGUGAAAGAAGGAAUCAUUGUUGAACAUAGAUGUAAAUUUCAAGUACCAUACCACCAUGGACAAAUCAUCCAGCUUCAAAUGUCGGCAAGUCUGAAUCGUGGAUUUUUGACACCUUCUCCUCAAGUUCUUGAUGUAACAGAAAAUAUUAAGUUCUGCAUUGACCAUUUUGAUAACCCAAUAAAAUCAUUGCUACGAUAUGCUAAGUUGCAUACAAAGUCAAGAUAUUCCAGGCUGGAGGAUUACGUCAAAACUUGGAUACCUAUUGUGGAAAUGGAAGCAACCCUCAGUGCAGUGCACAAUGAAGAUACAGCAGUUAUCAAUGACAUCCCUGUGGAAUUUAGGGGACAAAGAGGGAGAUUUGUUUUAACAAAGGGGUUUUGUGAUAUCAGAGAUAUGGAUGUUUCUAGUGGACAUAUAGAAAUGCUGUCAACUGGGAUUAAUGAUGGGACAGAGGAUAUUAUAGAAGAAUCAGAUACCUAUACAGAACAAAGAAUUAACUCUGAGGAAGAAGAUACCCCAAUGAGUGCAGUAAAUGUAGGUCAGAGAGAAGAUUUGUCUUUUGAUGGAAAUCCAGAUGAAAUUAAGACAAAUACAGCAUCUGAAUUGGAAGUUGAAGAGUCAGACAAAGAAAACAAAGAAACUGAAAACCAGUCACAAAAUGGCAGCUUGCAGAAGAAGAAACCAAAGUACACCAAUAUUUUGAGUCCCCACUUUUUAUGUAUUAAAUUGAAAAGGCCUUUACCUGAAAAUGUCAAGGCAAAAAUGGGCAAUUGCUUGCCAAGACAAAGCCAGUACAUUUGGGUAGCUCAUGGUGAACUGUUGAAAUCCAGGAAAAUAAGGACCAAGAAAUUCAGUAAAAGAAGAGAGUGUUUUAAAAAGGUUCUAGAAAUUGACCUUGUCUUUAAGUUACACGAGAACAGUCCAUCACCACCUGUGACAGAAGUGACAUCGGAUGAUAAAUGUUCAAUAGAACUCAUUUUAAAGCCUAGAGUCUUUAGGAGAAUAGAAUGUUACAUCAAGCUAUUGGGACAGGGACAGGCUAGUGAACUUGCUGAGAAUAUUGCAUUAGGACAUCCUAUCAGUGCUCCAGGUACACUUGUAUUUAAAAUGUUUCCUAGUAAUUAUACAAUAAAGUUUAUGUGUUCUCUCAUAUCAUACUUAUUUAUUGAAAUAGAUCUGGCUAACAUGGCUAAUAUGUGA